AUGGAAAGUGUAAAAAGCCCAAAAAACCGUUGGCUGCCGGACCUCCAUUGCCACCUUAAUGGUCUCUCUCUGCUUUGCAUCAAGUGCCGCAUCCACCCUGGCCGCACCGAUAUUGAUUGGGAUGGUGAGAACCCAACAGCAUUGAGCUCGGAAUGUGGGCAAAGAAUAAUAAUAGAAGGCCUAAUCCCAAUUAUCCCCAAGAAAGAGGAGCUAAAGGAAGAUUUAAUUUAUAUGAAAAAGAUCAAUGACGAUGAUUUGGCCAGUAAGGGAAAACAGCUGCCUCACACAGACAAAGAUGUUGACAUGAAUCUUGAUAUUGACUUGCAAAGCAUAACUUAUUUUACGCUUUCUGAACAAAUCAUCAUUCUCUUGACUGAAGUUCAGUCACAAACGAGUAAUCUACACAAGGGUAAGAUGAUGGAGAUGAACAAGGAUCAGGGUUGUUUUGUGGUAAAACUUGCUUCUUUUGUUUUUGGGGCUGGUUUUGUUUCCACAAUAAUUGUGGGCUUAAGCCCUGCAUUGUCGUAG